AUGACUCAUUAUCCCAAAGCUGACAACUUGGCACGGACAAAGAAGCUCGUCGCCUACUGCCACGCCAAUAGCAAGGCCACAGAAGUAGAGCCCGGCAGGAUUAAAGGCGACGGAGACGACAUCUCCGACAUGGCUGAUCUAAGCGCACUGAUGACCACAUAUGAGGAGGCACAGGCGUUUGUCGAUGCUGGUGUUGACUUUUGGCCCCGGCUUUCGGCAACGUUCACAGAGAGUAUGGAACUCAAGGCAUUGUUCUCGAAUGCGACAGACUUGAUCGUAUUCGUGAGAUCACGAACGGCUAAGGUGUUGCCGUUGUUAUUCACGGCGUCAACAAUUUCUCAGCCGAUCUAUACAACAAUUUGA